AUGUCGGAAGGCAAAGAGAACGAUCCCGAAUUGAAAAAAACAGCAAAGAAAUUAGCCGAGGAAAUUCAAAAUAUGACGAAUUACAAAAAUUUGUAUCGAGAAAUUCAGAGGCUCGUUGCGUCGCCCGCCGUGAGAAAAGACGAUUUCAAAAACACGCUGAUCGAAGCUUUGACGAGCGAAGGGUUGGAAACCGAAAUUCGAAACACUGUGUUCCAUUGGAAGAGAGCACAGAAACUAACCGAACCCAACGACAACGUCAACCCGUACAGCGUGGAUUUGAGUUAUUUGAAAAAAGCACAGAUCCAGUGGGAAAGGAGAAUCCAAAAGUCCCUGAAUUCCAUGUGCAACGAGCUCAACGUUCCUUUGGCCAGAAUUCGACCAACCGCCGACAGAGAAGAAUUGGCCGAAAAGUGGAACGAGCUUAGCACUUGCGAUAUCGAUCUCUCUCAAUACAGACCGUUGUACGCCCCGAAGGAUUUCCUGGAAGUUCUUUUCUCCGUGCGAGAUCCGGCUUUCAAAAAACAACCAAACGAGCUCAACUGGGAGUUCAGCCACAUUCAGAUUCCCGUAAAAACUUUGGCUCAGUUGAGGGACGUGUACACGGAACUCUCCGAAGGAGUCGCUCUGCUGGGAGUCAACGGUAACAUACCGUCGUGCAGCAAUUACCCAAACUUCGAGGCUGAAAGGACACACUUGGGGGAAAAGGUCCUUCAAUCCAACCACGCCCCGAUCGCCCAGGAGUUUUUGAAGCGCGGCUCUCCCAGAGAACUGCGAGGAAGACUGUGGUCCCUCGUCUUGGGCUCAGUUGUCAAAGAAAACGACGUCGAGUAUUACCAGGAAUUAAAGGGGAUGGUGCUACAGUACGACAUCAUGGUGGACAAGCUGAUAAUCAAAGACGUACAGCUGACUGCGAGCAACGACGACCAGUACUUUGUCUUCGAGGACGUUCUGUACAAAACAAUGCUGAGCUUCUCGAGAGACUCCGAGGUCUUGGCUCCCGUGACAACCGACAAAAGCGCGGGUGGCCUAGUCAUCCACGCGGUCCUGCAGGGCAAACCAGCGACUCUCGAGAACACCUUGGUUUUUCCGCCCAGCGGCGUCAUACCCUUCCACGGUUUCACGAUGUAUGCAACGCCUUUUUGUUACCUGUACGACGACCCCUGCGCCAUGUACUUUACGUUCCGCGCGUUUUAUCUGCGCUACUGGUUUCGGCUGCACACGGUGUCGAGCCACGAGCAGGGCAUAGUGGCUCUGUGUCUCCUGUUCGAACGACUGUUGCAGUGCCACGAGCCUCAUUUGUGGGCGCACUUUCGAAACCUGCACAUACAACCAAUUAAAAUUGUCUUCAAGUGGCUGAUGAGGGGCUUCAGCGGACACCUUCCACCGGAACAACUGCUGUAUCUGUGGGAUUUGGUUCUCGGUUACGAUUCUUUGGAAAUCAUAGCCCUACUGGCUGUCACGAUUCUCAGUUUUCGCAAAGAAAAUCUGUUGCAAGUCAAUACGAUGCACAAUAUUGAAGCUGUAUUGGCCGAUUUGUCGUCGUUGAAGGUGAUGCCUCUGCUGCAAUUGAGCCUAUUGAAAGACUGA